AAUGAGCAUCUUCUCUGAAAGCUACCUCUCAUCCUCCCGAACAAUCCACACAACUUCAACUUCAACAUCUGCCGCCCUCUCUUCACCCCUUUCUUUGGCCCCAAGCUUGUGUUAUCCUCCCACCAACACUCUCAUGAAUGUAAUAGCCCUCCUAUUUCCUGCUGUUUCAAUGUUUCUUCCAGUAGUUGCACUGUGUUCAAGCUUGGGUACAUCCAAGACCCUUCCAUGGCCAGCCAAGUAGAAUCCUCUCUUCACUCCCCCUCUGAGAUUAAAAAGAAGAAACUCAAUGGUCAGCAGAAAAGGGAGGAACUUGAAAGAGAGGUCUCUAUGCUUCAAAGGUUGUUGGAUCAAGAAGAAAAGGUUCAUGAGAUUUUGGAGAUGGUUUAUAAUCGGCCGAAUGGUGCAGCCAUAUCGAUUCCAAAUUUUCUUCCUCCCAAGACGAAAGAGCUUUUAACAGAACUAGUUGUGGUGGAGGGUGAGAUAGCGCGACUGGAAUCCCAGAUAAGACAACUUCAAGCUGGUUUGAGAUUGGAACAAGAAGUGAAUAAAGAGUCAAAACCAAAAUAUUGGAAUCAGGACAAGCUGAACAAUUCAGAAGGUCCUUUGUCAACCGCACCAAUUCCAAUUCCUAUGCCAAGUCCUGUUCACAGAAGUGUUCAUGAAAAGAUGGCAUUUGAGACAAAGGCACUACACUUCAUAAGCAAGGCUAUAAAGGGCGAUUAUCAUCUCAAUGAUUUCGCUAUCAACGACAAAUCUGGGUCCUUGAAGAGCUCUGUUGAGCAGAAAGAAAACAAUUUUCAUGAGGAUAUGAAAUUUCAAGAUAGGCAUCCAAAAAAAGGUGGGGCGACAUUGAAGCCUAAUUCUUCACCUUUUCGAGACCCUCGUCAUCCAUCACCUAAGCUGAGGGAACGGAAUUUAGAGAUGUACAUAGAUCCACCAACGAAGUCUUUAUUGGAUCCACUUCUAUCAGAAGAGAACGAUCUGAAGUGGCAACCCAACAGGUUGUCUGAGAGCAUCAUGAAGUGUUUGAAUUUCAUAUACGUGAGACUACUCAGAACAUCAAGAGCAACAGAACUGGAGAAAUCGGGGCCCAUUUGCAGGUCUGUCCACUCCUCUUUAAGCUCAAUAAGCUUCAGGGUGGAUCCUGGCAUAAACCCAAAAUCAAGCCUUGUGUUGCAGAAAGAGUCAAGACAACAAGACCCGUAUGGAAUUUUCGAUACAGAAGAGUCCAUUCCCAGAGAUAUUGGUCCUUACAAGAAUCUGGUUAUAUUCACAUCCGCUUCUAUGGAUUCCAAGUUCAUCUCAAGUCCUUCCUCUAGGCCAUUGCUUAGAAAGUUAAGGGUACUGAUAAAUAAUCUUCAGACAGCCGAUUUGAGAAGCCUUACCUAUCAACAGAAGUUAGCAUUCUGGAUCAACAUGUACAACGCUUGUAUCAUGCAUGGUUUUAUCCAAUAUGGAGUUCCAUCCACACCAGAGAAGUUACUUGCACUGAUGAACAAGGCCACGCUCAAUGUAGGAGGAAACACACUAAAUGCUCAAACAAUAGAGCAUCUCAUUUUAAGGAAAAGAUCAGCUUCAAAUAUAAAAGAGGUACAUCGGAAGGGGGAGUGGGAAGAGAACGAAUCAAUAGUACGUGAACUAUAUGGCCUUGAAUCUAUGGAUCGAAACGUCUUAUUCGCUUUAUGUUGCGGAACUCGUUCUUCUCCCGCUGUAAGAAUAUACACAGCGGAUGGUGUGGUAACAGAGUUGGAGAGAUCAAAACUGGACUAUCUGCAAGCUUCAAUUAUGGUGACAAACACUAGAAGAAUCGCAUUUCCAGAGCUGUUACUGAGAAACAUGCUUGAUUUUGCGAUGGACACGGACUCUUUGGUGGAGUGGGUGUGUAACCAGUUGCCUACAUCAGGUAGUCUGAGGAAAUCAAUGGUGGAUUGCUUUAGAGGCUAUACCAAUAUCAAGGCUUCCACCAUCGUUGACAAGAUUCCAUACGACUAUGAAUUUCAAUACUUGUUGUCUGUAUAAAGAUGAUUCUUUUCUUUUCUUCUUUCUUUCUUUUUGCAAACAACCAAAAAAAAAAAAAAUUAUACACAAUAUGCACCUAUAACCUGGGUAUGGUACUAUAGAAAUUGCGGGAUGAUAAUAAUAAUAUGGGGGUAUUGAAUAAGAACUCGGCAACUUUGAUGUU